CCGGGGCAGGGGCAGUGCAGUGGGUACACUGCGCUCUGGAGCAGGUAACCUUCCAACUGCACUCCGCGAGGAGCGGCGCUCGCCUUGCUUCGGCCCUGGGGCCCCUCACGGUGUUUGGAUUCGACUCAGCUGCUCAACCUCUUCGUCCUUGCCAAUGUCAUGGGGACACUUUGGCGAGCACGCGUGGAACGUCUUGACUCUCUAAGGCCUGCGGGAUUGGACGCCGCUAGUUGUGAAAGUUCGAGAAUGGCUCCCCACCUGGAGAGGCCUCCAAGACCCCCGGGUCUCCUUAAGCGGACGAGCUGAGAGUCUGGAGUUCCGAGCGCGCCCCGGCAGGGCCAGAGACUUGGAUUUGGAUGACGCCGAGACGAACUUUUCAAACACAAGGGACCCAAGGAUGGAAGGGUGCCACCAAGCCCUGAGGUGUUCCUGGGAGCCACUGAAGGUUGUGGAGAGAGGGAUGCUGCCGGACAGGGCUGGGAGCCGGCAGCAGACUAGAUGGGAGCAAACCCCAUGCAGCGCUGGGCCUUGGGACAGGGUGAGCUUGCUGAAGAGCAAGGAGCACGCAGGUGCCGCUGGCUUGGAGAGCACUAAGGGAGUCUGCGGUGUUGCUGUGGGCUACCCUCUGGAUACAGUGAAGGUCAGGAUCCAGACUGAGGCCAAGUAUACCAGCAUUUGGCACUGCAUCCGGAACACGUACAGUCAAGAGCGGGUGUGGGGCUUCUACCGGGGCCUCUCACUGCCCGUGUGCACUGUGUCCCUGGUGUCGUCUGUUUCUUUUGGCACCUACCACCACUGCCUGGCUCACAUUUGCCGCUUCCGGUACGGCAGCACUGACGCCAAGCCCACCAAGGCUGAUAUCACACUUUCAGGAGGCGCCUCUGGCCUUGUCCGGGUGUUCUUGACAUCACCCACAGAGGUGGCCAAGGUCCGCCUGCAGACACAGGCCCAAGCUCAGACACAGCAGCGGCGGCCCUCAGCCUCCUGGACAUCAGUGGCUCCUGCUUUGUGUCCUGCAACCAAUGCAUGUCUGGAACCAAGGCCCAAGUACCAUGGGCCGCUGCACUGUUUAGUCACAGUGGCCCGCGAAGAGGGGCUUCGGGGGCUCUACAAGGGCAGCUCAGCUCUGCUCCUUCGUGACGGUCACUCUUUUGCUACCUACUUCCUCUCUUAUGCCAUGCUCUGUGAGUGGCUCACCCCAGCUGGCCAUAGCCAGCCAGAUGUCCUAGGUGUGCUGGUGGCUGGCGGAUGUGCGGGCGUCCUGGCCUGGGCCGUGGCCACUCCCAUGGAUGUGAUCAAGUCACGUCUGCAGGCAGACGGGCAGGGCCAGCAGCGCUACCGGGGCCUCCUGCACUGUGUGGUGACCAGCGUGCGGGAGGAGGGCCCCAGGGUGCUCUUCAAAGGGCUGACGCUCAACUGCUGCCGUGCCUUUCCUGUCAAUAUGGUGGUCUUCGUGGCCUAUGAGGCUGUGCUGCGGCUCACUCGGAGACUGUUCACAUAGGGCCACUGGGUCGGUAGCAGCCAGCUCACAGCCGCUGGAGGCCAACGGGAGCAUGGUUGGGUUCAGGACCCCACAGGGCUGUCACUGGAACAGCAGAGGGCCUUCUGUGCAGUGACUUAGGUGAGGCCUGAGCUUGGCCUGCCCAGCUGCUGCUCACAAAGUCAGGGGGUUGAUCUGCUUGGGGGGUCACGAGUCAAGGCUGUGUGGGUCUCCUUGAUGAGGAUGUGCCACUUGGAGUCAUUUGUCGCCGAGCAACUGUUCAUUCCUGAGUGUCCUCCCUUGUCCACACCCAUGACCUCAGAGCAUUCUCUCACCAGCCCCAGUUCCACUCAUCUUGUAAUCCACACUCUUCCCUUAAGAGACAAGUGAGGGACCAGACAGCAAGCUGAACCAUCUGGCUACAGGCUGGGCUUGUUCCCUGUCCCAGGCUGUCCAAGAGGGCCCAGAGUCCUCAUUGUCCCACGAGCUGGUGUGGGGCUUCACUGAGUACGCAUUUACACUGCUUGCCACAUAAAGACCCUGGAACCUGGGUCAAUAAAUGUUUCUGAGGUUGCUUA